AGGCUCAUGACUUAACCUUCCUUUAUAUAACCUUACCUUUAAUUAUUUUCUCAUCUAUGUAAAAUGUUUUCCCAAAAGAAAAGUUUUUCCAUACAGCUGUGUUUGGCCGGAUGAAACGGGCGUUGAUAAAUAUUGAUAAAUAUUGAGAAAGCUCGUCUGAUAUCAAUAUGUAUAUGUCCAAUUUCAAGAAACUCAGGAGAUUUUUCAGUUAAAACAAAUUUGUAGUAUUUACUCUCUAUUCCUUUUAAAGAGAGAUAUUAAAAAAAAAAAGAAAACAAAUCUCUGAGACGGAAAUCUAUUAAUAAAGAAAAAAGAAAAAGAGAAUAAUAAAGUUCUGACAGUUUGCCGAUUCAAAGCAUAAAUGUCAACAAAAACGACGGCGAAUAUGGAAGAUCUACAAAAAUUGGAAGAAGAAGCGAUAGCUAGGGGUACGAAGUAUGUCACCAAUCUUUUGCAGCGGCCAGGUCAACUGCGGUUCCCACUCCUCAACACUCGGUCUAGAUAUACUAUCAGGAAAAAGGCAUCCGUCGAGACUAUGUUAAAGACCGCGAUGCAAAGUCAAUUGGACGGAGUCAGGGUCGGCUUUGAGCAGCUACAAAGUUCUCUAGAAAGUAUCACCGUUGUCAAAGAGGAUCUGGAUCAUGUUAACCAGCUAUUCAGUUCUGUUCUGAAGCUUAGUUCGAGGCUACAAGCGGUGCAGGAAGAGAACAUGCGUCAUUCUCAAUAUGUCAUCGCGAAGGAGAACUUGAAGCAUAUAUUCACCGUUCCCGAGAGUGUCGAGAAGACGAAGCAAUGGAUAAACGAGGGCAAAUUGCUACACGCGCAUCAAAGCCUGAUGGAUCUUGAAACUUCCAGAGAUGAAUUAUUAUACGAGCUUCAUAAAUUGCCAAAUCAAUCGCCAGCGGAUACAAUUAUGCUGAAAGCUUAUUUCGAAGAUGUGGAAAUGCUUUCACAACUUAUGGAAAAACAGAUCAGACUGGUAUUGAGUCGUACUUUAAAUACAGUCAGAAAGGAACCUACUGUCAUAGUAACACCUCUGAGAAUUAUAGAAAGGGAAGAGAAAGCGGAUCAGUUUGCUAUUCAAAGACACAAGCAAAGUGGUUUUAUGGCACCAGGUAGACCAAAGAGAUGGAAGGAUAUGGCGAUGAAGAUAUUAGAAAAAUCAGUGGCCAAUAGAAUUGAAGGAACUCAGGUAGAUGAGAGAGCGGAUAACAAAAUGUGGCUAGUAAGAUAUUUAGAACUUACGAGACUUUUGAUUCUUGAGGAUUUGAGAGUAGUAAAGACUCUAUGUAAGCCUUGUUUCCCACCUUCAUACGACAUAGUGAGGACUUUUGUUAAUAUGUAUCAUACCAGUCUAUCCCAACAUUUAAAGGAUAUAAUUACCAAUGGAUUAGAAGGUAACGAAUAUGUUUCUCUGUUAGCAUGGAUUAUGAAUAUUUAUACAGGACCAGAACUGAUGCAGCAUCCCGAAUUAAAUAUCGACACAUCAGAUAUUGGUCCACUACUUAGUCCCGAGAUGAUAAAUGAUCUUCAGGAGAAGUAUUUGCGAAACAUGUGUCAAAAUUAUGAAGAUUGGAUGAGAAAAACGUUGGAAACAGAAAAACUCGAUUGGAGAAGCGGUGUCCUACCUGACAGCAGUACUCAAGAACUAUAUUAUCACACUGCAGCACCAGUUAUUAUAUUUCAAAUGAUUGAUCAAAAUCUUCAAGUUGCAAAGACCAUCAGUCCUGAUUUAACGGCGCAAGCAUUGGUUCUCUGUAUAGAACAAGUAACUAAAUAUGGUAACAUGUAUAGACAAGCAAUACUAGAAUUUAAAACAAAACAUUUUGAAGACAGGAGUCAGGUUCCUUACUUCACUCAUCAUAUGAUUACAAUAGUCAAUAACUGUAUGCAGUUCAACAAGUUGGCGCAGCAGAUGAAGCAACUUUAUUGGAUGCCCAAUAUUACCGGGGACGCCACUGUAAAAUUUGAAAAUCUUUUAGCGAAUUAUCAGCAUUUGAGGAACGAGGCCGCAGCCAUAUUGUUGCAAGAAUCCUUUUUGGAUCUGGAGCUGCAUUUUCAAGAUUUGAUUACACCCAGAUGGUUGUCGUCGUCUAUCCCGGUGGAGACUAUCUGUGUUACUUUGGAGGAUUAUUUUCAGGAUUAUAACCAUCUGAGUCCCGAAAAUUUCGAGUAUGUUAUCACAGAAGCGCAGAAUCUAAUCGCUAAGCGUUACAUAUCCGCGAUGUUACAGAGGAAGAUAUCGUUGAAAACGUACGACGAAUGUUUGACGUGCACAUCGAAGAUAAUGACGGAGGCGGACAAAUUGAAAAACUUCUUCGACAGAAUCGCGCCGAAAAUUGGUAAUUUUAAUUCGCCGUUCGAGAUAAUAAAACGUCUCGCCGAGGUAUUGAGAUGCGAGGACGCGGAGAUUCUCUCGCUCGAUCUGCAUUCGUUAAUCGAGAAGUAUCCCGACAUGACCGAGGACCAUCUGAUUAGACUGCUCGGUCUUCGGGGCGACAUAUCGCGAGCAGAAGCCCGAAGCAAGGUCUCUUAUAUCAUGGAAGCUCAACGAAAUCGAAAGCCCGUGCAAUCCAUUACAAACAGUAUAUUCAAGCAGAUAGUAAUACAGGACAGCUUUCUUGGUUGGAAGCCUUGAAAUUGGAAAAA